CUCGCCUAUAAUCGAAUCCCUCAAACUGGAACUUUGUCAGGACGUGGAAACCGGUGACAAUUACAGUGACACUGAGGAAUCCUCCGGAUCUGAUGAGGGAUCAGACUCGGGUUCAGAGCUGGAACAACAGAUGGAGUCAGACCUGCGUACUGGUGAGACAACUGUCGAUUUAGAAGGGCUGUUGGCCGACACCAUGAAACGAUUGAAGUCUGUCAAGAUUAGUGGUCUACAAGGAAGUGAUAAUGAACUGGAGUUUAUUCAAAUUCUGAUAAAGAAUGCCAUGGUCUUGAAAAAAAUGGUCUUGAAGAGCCAGUGUAGAUCCAAAAUUGAGAAGUUUUACGAGGAGAUAGAAAAUUUUCAAAGUGCCUGUUCGACUUUGAGAAUCUAUUUCUAUCUUCCUAGCAACUGACGCCAAAAUGCUACAAAAUUGACAUAAUGGAGGAACCCAUUAACUUUUAAUAGUCUAAUCAUUCAAGUAUUUAUGAGGAAUUGAGGAUACUUAUAGUCAAUUUUGUUUAUGAUUUGAAGCUCUGUAAACUUGGUUUACUUGAUCAA